AUGCCGUCUCUUUCGCAAUCAUUCAAGCUGGCAGUGCUACCCCGAGUAGCUUCUCUGUCAAAUUUUGCGUUUCAAACGAAUUUUUUACAGGUAGCCGAUGACAUUGAACCAACUUCCAAUAGAAUCACCAUCGGUAUUUCGGAGUCUGCGAUCUCUCAAUAUGUGUUGAACCCUACGCCAAAACUUGUUUUAAGUAUUCCUAUCCCUUCUACCAACAUUGUGACCGCCUGUGAUGUGGCUAGAUCGGACGAACAAGAGAUUUGGUGUUAUGCCUUGCAAGCUGGUAAAGUCUGUACUCUAAAUGUUGCUAGUAAAGUGAGCCAUGCAGAAAAUGGUGUGAAUUCUGAUGAUGUUCUCAAAGUUAAGGUCGAUGAUCAAGCUGUUGGUGUUCAUGUAAAUGGUAAGGAUAAAACUAUUGUCGUUGUACUAAAAAAUGGAUUGAUCCAGUUUUAUGAUUUCCAGUUGAAACUUUUGCAUUCGUUGGAUGUCUCCUACAGCGACGUCAGUGUCACUAAGUUCUUCACUGAGGGCGCCAAUGACUUUCUUUUCAUCUUGUGCAGUUUACCAGAGGACAAAGUGUGUUUUAAGCUGUUUGAGUUAUCUCUACCAAACUACAAUCAGGUUCCUAUCAAGGAAUUAAGCUCCAUUAUUCUCGAAGAUUUUUCUUUAGCGACUUCAAAAAUAUGUUAUCAGUCCGGUAGGCUCUAUAGGCUCAUCGGCCAUGAAGUGCUUGUCUACGCAUUGCCACAAUGUCAAUUGGUACAAGCUGUAACACUGCCCAUGGUACAGGGUGCUGAUGUAAUUUCGAUGAAACCAAUUUCGUCGAAUAGAAUUUUGGUUACGGCUGACAACAAGAUUUACCUGCUGAAUUUGACGCACAACUCUAUUCUUUUCCAAAGAGAACUGACCCACUUGAAAAGUUUCCAACUACUAAAAUCAGCCGUCAUAGACUCACGAGUCUCAUCGUCACUACCAAACCAAAAGACGUUUGUCAUUGGUGUUGGUACGAAGCAUGGGAAAAACCCCACAUCUUCACUGGAAAUUGUUAAUGUAGACGUUGGUACAGGAACUCUUAAGGACUCGCUGGGGAAAGGAUUCACCGUCUCUAACGAGCCUAUUUCACAAGUGCUAAAGCCACUUUUCAGUGAUGAAGAUAAUGAAGCUGAGGAUGAAGAUAACAAAUUUGAGCAUUUCGACUUCAACCAAAUUUACCAGCAUUUGGAGAAAAAUAAGCAAAGCAUUUCCAGCUUCGAUCGCAUUUUUCUACGUGAGCUAAAUAUUAAAAGAGAACAUUAUACUGAGCUAGACAGAUUUAUCUGCGAUCGUCAGUUUUUGAGCAAUGUUGUACAUUUAAUCCUCCAAAACUUUCAGGAGGAAUACCCAAAGGCUCUCACGUUUCUACUCACUCAUCCAUUAUUCCCAGUUGACUGCACUCCCAAGCUCUUAUCAAGAUUGAGAGAACACCCACGGUUGUUCAAACAAGCAAUCGUGACAUGCCCUAACCUACCUUUGCAAGAGCUCCUCUCAGAACUUUUCUCCAUCGAAAAUGGUGAGCUUUCUCUAGAUAUCUCAUUGAGAAUUUUACAGGAUUACACUACAGAUAUGAUCAAGCAAGAGGUGAGAAAACUCAACAAGAUAGACGUUCAGAAUUUCAUUGAAUUCGUAAUAUCUUCUAAUGAUGAGAAUGCCAUACGAAGCAGUCAUCAAUUAUUUCAGCUCCUCUCUUUGGUCCUAGACUCUAUUGGUCUCUUUGCCCUCGACGGAGUUCUGCUUGAUCGUUUGGCAGACUACAUCCAAGAAAGAGUUGCCAUCGCUGAAAGAAACAGCAAACUAUGCCAUCUGCUUGAUGAUAAACAGAAUUCUCGUGGCUUUGCCAAGUCAGGAGCUGGCUCUGUGGGAUCAACAAGAGAAGCAGUUCCCAAAUACACCGUCGAAUACCUCGAUCUGUGA